AAGCUGCUGUCUGCUUUUUAAUGUAUGGGGGGGACGGGGGUGUUGAUGUGUGUGUAUGUCUGUGGUUUUGCCUGCUGCUGUCACUUUGCUUAUUUCUGAAAACAUCAGUCUGUCUUUCUGAGCCAUGUUUGGUGGAUUUUCAGGCUUUUGAGAAUCAGACAUGCUGCGUCCAUCAGACGUCAGGAGGAUCUGCAGACUGACACACUACCUGCAGAGGAUUUGACAACAACAGGCAGAACUGGCUCCUGAGACCUAACUGUGCCCAGGAAUGGCCCUCCCUGGACCAAAUCCCAGGGCUCCAGCCUGCUUGCUGCUGGUCCUCUUAUAUCUUCAAGCAGUCACAGGGAUGUCAGGAUGGGGUGCAUGUUUGGAUGGUCAGGAUGUAGUUGCAGCAAUCAAAGAAAACACAGUUUGGGGAGAGAUCGUUGCUGAGCUCAUGGCUAACACCACAAUGGAAGGAGUGCAGUGGAACCUGAAAGGAAAGGAUGCUCAUUGGUUCUUCCUGGAUGAAAUAAACAUCCGGCUAAACACAUCAGCUGACAAGGUUCUUGACAGAGAGGCAUUAGGUCCUGUCCUAAUGGCUGAAUUAACAUGUUACGAAGAAAGCAUCCUUCAGAGUGUUUACAGGGUCGUGGUGGAGAUUCUUAAUGAGAAUGAUAAUUCACCUGUGUUUGCAGAAAACACAGUCCAGUCUGUUAUGAUCAGUGAGCUGACUCCAGUGAAUACUGUGGUAUUUACUGUCCAGGCCACAGAUGGAGAUAAUGACAAAAUCAUUUACUCAAUUGACCAGGCAUCUCCUGAUGCUGAGUGUUUCAAAAUUGAUCUACCGAACAGUGGAGAGGUGAUCCUGUCCAAGCCUCUAGACUAUGAGACCAAAACUGUGCUUACUGUCACCAUCUAUGCUUCAGAAAUGAACACUGCUGAGCACUACAAUACCAGCACAAACAUCACCAUCAAUGUCCAAGAUGGAGAUGACCAAUACCCACAGUUCCUGCCCUGCACGUGGCUUUUCCAGGAGGAGACCAAUCAGAUCUGCACCAGCCCCGUGUACACAGUGAACAUCACAGAGGGGGAAGAGGACAUUUUGCUGGACUUUUCUCCUGGUCCCAUUCAUGCAGUGGAUGGAGACAGAGGACUCAGUUCACCACUGAACUAUGCCAUUCUGUCAGGAGAUGAUGAUGAACAUUUCAGGAUGGACAGACUGACAGGGGAGAUGAGGCUCACUCAGGGGGUGAGAGAUAGACUCAUAACUCCACUGCUGCGUCUUCAGGUCAUGGCAUAUCAGGACAAUGACCCCAGGAAGUAUUCUGUUGCAACAGUGUUGGUCCGGGUUCUAGCAGUGAACCAGUUUUAUCCAGAGUUCGACAAAGUUGAAUAUCAAGGCUUUGUAGCAGCAGGAAAAAGUCCAGCCUCUCUGGUCAAUACAUAUGGCAGCAAAGCACUAGUGCUACAUGUACACGACCAGGACUUUAACCAAGGUUUCAAUCCCAUGAUCUACUUCACCUUCAGUUCUACCUCCAAUCACACAGACAUCUAUCAAGUCACACGGGAGGGCCUCCUGAUUGCCAAGACCAGUGAACUCAAGCCAAAACAGAAACACGUUUUGGAGGUUAUGGCUGUAGAUCAGGAAUCGGGUGAUGCCACAUUUGCCACUGUAGUGGUGGAGGUGUUACCUGAAGGGCAAGCGAUCCCUUAUGGUCCACUGCGAGAUGAUCACCUGACAAGCUGUACCAUAGGCAAAGCGCUGUUUCUAAGCAUGGUGUUCAUGACUGUACUUGGAUGUGUCCUGUUUAUGCUGAUGUGGCUGAAGAAGAAACAGAAAGGAAAGAGGGGCCCGCUGGAGAGAGGCUGUGUAGCCCAGGGCAAACACCCCAAUGUUAGCUUACGGUGGUUCCAACUGAUGAGUCACCAUAAUGCUAUGCCACAAAUGGAGGAAGUACCCUACAAAAAUGAAGAAUAUGGAACUUGCAAUCCUUCCUUCAGCUUGACAGAAAAUCCAGGAAUGUACACCCAACAAGGAUGCACCCCCUGCCAAGAACCCAUCCCACCCCCAAGCGCUGCUGUACCUGACACAAGCUCCAUCCCCACUGAAAAUGUGACCUUCAAUAAUAAUGCUUCCACACCAACCAACAUAUCUUGCAUUUCCCCCACCUUUACAGCCACUGUAAAUGUAAGCCCCACAGAUAAAACUCAGCAUGCUCCACCCAAAGAAACCCUUGAUAAUCCACCACAUGCAACCCUAGAGUCUAUUGAGGCACAAUCUAACAUCAGCCCAAGCCCCGAAACGCAUGAUGCUGCUCCACUUGUAGCAUUUCCAGAUAUGCAAACAGGCUCCAGUGAUGAUCCUGUUGACCCAACCACUAGCCCCUCCUCUCAAUCCAGUAUUCCAUGCAGUCGUACCCGGAUUGCUUCAGCAGAAAUUGACAAACCUAUUCGCAAAUCUCGUGUGAAGACGCCCUCAUAUUCACCUUUAUUGUCCACAUCCCUCCCCAAGCAGACAAGCACACCCCCACCAACCCCAGAGGAUGUCCCUUUAAAAGCCACAUUGAUACAUAUAGAUAUAUCUCCUGCUGAGACGCCACCAGAAACACUACAGCAAACAACAGUAAGUCCAGUAACUCUGAGUACAGAGGUAUACCAACCCUCCACAUCACUGGAUGAAACAGACGAAUCAGAGCAUGGUGAUGGGACAGCAGAUGCCAAUUGUCACUCUGAAGAAAGAAGGCCAUCUACAAACUCAGGAAACACCCAAGAUGGCUGUGGGGUGGGGGAGGAGGAUGAUGGUUUUCUGGGCGAUGAAGAUGCAGGCAAGAACAGUGAGUGUGAGGGUGAGUUAGAGUCAGACGAAGAAGAGCUGCUGAGAGUGAUGGCUCGUUGUAAUCCCAUUUUUAUCACAUUUAGUAAGUGAUGUCACUAUGAUAUCGCAGGCACUGAGAGUGACGAGGUGGAUGACAGAGGAUGGAGCAGGUAAGGUGAAGAUGGAUGCCUCAGACAGCAGGCAGCAGACACCAUGGAGCAAGAAAGAAACACUACAGGCUGGCUGUGCUGAAGGCAUGAAAGAAGACUGGGUGCAUGUACAGCACACAUGAAAGGCUUCAUCAAACAAGACCUGCAUGUAUUUGUACACUUUAUACACUGAUAAGCUACAACAUUAAAACCACAGUGCAAUGUUCUGCUAAGAAAUCUUAAGUCCAAGUUAAUGACCUGGCCUCCACAUAUACCAAUCUGAGUGAGCAUCAGCAGGAAGCACAAGAACAAGACCCCAUCCUCAUCCUAGAACCAUCAAAGAUCCAGAGCCCAUUCCUCAGAAGAGUCAGAAGUGUUUUGGUAGCACAAAGGAAACUUGAAUGACAUUUAGGCAUGUGGUUUUAAAGUUGUGGCCCAUUGGUGUGUAUGUAACAUUCAACAUGUAACAUAUAGGUUGAAAUACACAAUGCUGCACCAUUCUUACCAGAUACAGUAGAUUGUCUAUAUAAUAGAAUAAAGUUACCAUAAAAAUGGAAUAUAAAUAAAGAAUACUUUUUAAACAAA